CUGUAUUCAAUUAUAUAUAUAAACGUAAAGCAAUGUAACGGGGUAAGCCCGUGACCCGGCGCAUACCGUGCCCAAUAAAAUAGAGAACACCGACCCUGUGGUUUAACUGUCUCGCUACGGCGUAGUGACAGGGUACUUGUUUAUCUUGAGCGACCUUUGGACUCCGUAGACAAUUCUUCGGCAGCUCACAUCCGUGGUUUAAUAAACACCAUGAUGGAGUACGACGCGAUUCUACAGUAUCUUGGAGAUUUCGGUCCAUUUCAGCGACGAACAGCACUGCUACUGGUCCUGGGAUCCAUGCAAACUGGGCUGCACAUUGCCGUCAUGACGUUCAUCGGCGCCAUCCCCAUUCACCACUGCCGUGUGACUGAAACAGGUGUCUCGGCCUACAACACGACCUGGCCCGACGCGCUGAACUUCAGCAUCCCGAUGGAAGAGGUGGGCGGAACGUGGAGGCUUAGCAGCUGUAGAAAAUAUACCCGAGAAAUCAUCUCUGGGAAUUUUACUACCAUGGAGUGUCCUGAGGACUCGAAACAGGGCACCACCACUACUGUGGGUUGUAAGAGUGGAUGGGACUACAGAAAUAGGAGUACCACGGGCUGCACUGAAGGGUGGGAAUACGACAGGAGCCAGUAUCACAGCAGCGUUGUUAUGAAGUACGACUUGGUCUGUGAGAGAGCCUGGUUACGAGAGUUGGCACAGUCCAUGUUCAUGGCGGGGGUGGCCACUGGGGGGAUUGUCUUCGGAGUCCUAUCUGACAGGUACGGCCGUCACCGGACGUUACUGGUGUGCGUCCUGCUACUGGUGACGUGCGGCACCGGUCUCGCCUUCACGUCCAACCUGGCUGUCUUCAUCGCGCUUCGGUUCGUCCUGGGAGCUGCACAGAACGGGCUGCAGUACACUACACUGGUCACAGGAAUGGAAACAAUUGGAAUAUCCUGGCGAAUGGCAUUCGGGAUUUGUACAGCCCUUGCUCCUUCAGUGGGUUACGCGCUUCUGGGUAGUUUAGCUUACGUCAUCAGAGAGUGGUGGAUCCUGCAGCUCGCAGUAACAUCGCCAGGGGUGCUGUCCCUCAUAGCUUGGUGGUUUAUACCAGAAUCCCCAAGGUGGCUUCUCAUGAACAACAGGGUAGAACAGUGGAGAAAAACCAUCCAGCGAAUCGCCGAGUACAACGGAAUUGACUUACCUCCUUUCUACGAGUAUGUAGAAAGUAGUACAGUUCAUAUUGGAAGUACUGAAGAAGUGGAUGGAAUUCCUGGCGACUCUAAGAGGAACUACAACCUAAUUGAUCUUGUCCGAACGCAAAACAUGAGGAAGAUCACAGUUAUGAUCACUAUCGCAAGCUUCAACACCAUCUGUGUUUACGUCGGUCUCCUGUUCGGGACGUCUCAGCUGGCGGGCAGCCAUUACGUCACCUUCAUUCUCGGCGCAUGUGUAGAAGCAGUCGCCAUUUUGCUGGCGGGGAUGACCAUGCGGAGAUGGGGCCGCAAACGGUCUGCUGUCGGCUUCAGCCUGCUCGCUGGCGUCUCAUGCGCGGCUACAGCAGGCGUUCCAAACGAUCUCGGUCAUGUGGCGACAGCACUAGCUACAGCGGGUAGGUUCGGCGUUAGUAGUACGGUCGCCGUCCUCGACAUCUACUGUACAGAACUCUUCCCAACUGUGGUCAGAUACAUGGGCGUCGGCACCAACAUCAUGGUUUCCCGGGCCGGCGGGAUUGUAGCCCCGUUCCUCAGUCUCCUUGGUAACGCCUGGCGGCCCCUCCCUCUGCUGACGCUGGGCGUGCUGUCCUGCGUCACCAGCGUGGUCGUCACCGUGCUGCCGGAAACACACGGCGUGCCGCUGCCCAACACUCUGCAGGACGGAGAAAACUUCGGCAGGACGUCACCGCCCUCCCCCACGUGUAAGUCCAACUGUGCCGCCGGUACCAUUCCCAAGAAGACUUUAGUUGACGGCAGGAUCGUGUAUGAGGACCGGGCUCAGUAUGAAUGGUUGGAGCUGGUCACAACUGUUUGAAUGGGACAACCUCUGACUUUUAUCUAAAACAAUUUGGCUUUUGUGAGUUUGAGUUGGAAACUAUUAGCUGAAAUAUAUCAGACAUACAACAGGCGACAAACGACGAUGGGUCGGGCUAUAUAAAGACGUACAUGCACUCUGAUUUGAUGGUCGAUAUAGCGGUCUAACAUCUUUCUGAUUAUCUAUAGAUAAGAACGGCCAGCACAGUAUACUACUGGACAAACUAAACUCCUGUGGAUUUAAAGGUUCUCUCCUUCAAUGGAGUAUAUGUAAGAUGGAACGUAGUUUCGUUUCAUCAUAGAAAUCUGUAGCGUGGUGUUCCACAAGGAUUAAACUCGGCCCUCUUUUGUUUCUGGUUUUAAUUCGUCGACGAACUUGACUUCACAUAAGACCAUUUCCUCACAUUAUUGCUUGCAGAUGAUAUACAUCUAGUCAUGUCAUGUACGAACUUUGAUACACUAAUCGUCAAUAGCAGCUAUUAACGACGAACUAUGCAAAUUCAAAUCAUUGGUUCAAGUCAAAUAAGUUGUCCCUCGAUAUAAAGAAAUCCAUAAUUUUGGAAAAUAGAAAUACACCAAAAGACAUGACUAACAUAAACAUAGAUGCUUAGCGAAGGAAAGCAAGUUGCACUGCCACAGUUGCUAUGUAAAUUUGUAAUGACUAAAAGUGUUUUACAGAACAUUUGUACCAUGUUCUAUACUUUUAUCCUCAUCUGGAUAAUUUUUGCACCCAUCGCCCGAAAUAAUCAACUGUGGCAUAAAUAAACCAUGACAGUGGGUGUACUGGACAAAUAGCUGUGGCAUGCUGAAAUUACGACCACAGUAGCCGCCAGUAUUUAGUCAUACACGGUUGAGCGAAGCUGUCGUGUUGUUUACCACUAGUGCACUCUCACCUGACUCGACCGCACUAUAAAACUCACCUUGCUGUGCCCAGACACCCCAUUCAGCCCUUGGAGUCUCGCCAGAGCGGACGGCUGAGAUUUGACGGUGGAAUGGUCUCACGUCUAACAACACAAACUAUCAGGUUGCACUAAAUCUGUGAAUAACAAUUUUGGCGUAAACAAGUAGCAACACCCUGACAAGACGAGAA